AAAAGAGAACCAGGAAAAUCGACGUCCAUUCCCUCCCAAUCAAAACAAAAUGGGUGAAGAUUGAAGAAGAAAGACUCUCUCUCAUAUUUUCUCUCUCUAGACUUUCUUACUCUAAAGAAGCACAGUUCUGUUGUUUUCUCUCUCUGUAUUUUGUGUAUGGAAAUGGAGUCUUUUGACACGACGGGCCGUUUUAUGGACGACCUUCUUGACUUCUCGUCCGACAUAGGAGAGGAGAAAGACGAUGAAGACACCAAACACCGGAAGCCUCUCCCUAAUCUUAAACGGAAUACCCAUGCCACCGCUCCGUUCAACGUUUUGGAGCCGUUUGAUCCUGCCCGUUCGUUACCUGAAAUUGUGGAGGAAGAGUUGGAAUGGCUAUCUAACAAAGACGCAUUCCCUGUGGUUGAAACAUUUGUCGACAUCCUCUCCGAGCAUCCCGGUAGCUUGGCCAAGCACAAUAGCCCAGUCUCCGUGCUGGAGAAUAGCACCACCAGCAGCAACAGCAAUAGUAAUAGCAAUGGAAACAUCACCAAUGGUAGCAGUAAUAUCAUGAGUUAUUGUAGUGGCGUCCACAUUCCAGUCCGUGCUCGCAGCAAGCGCUACACACGGCGUCGCCAGGACCUCUUGAAUGAGAAGUUCUUGUGCGCAGGACGCCAAAUUGGUAAAAAUGUGAAGACAGGGGUCACAGUAUCGACAGUUGGGUGGAAAUGUCAGCAUUGCGGUGCUGAAAAGACGCCGCAGUGGCGGGCUGGUCCCAUGGGGCCGAAAACAUUGUGUAAUGCUUGUGGGGUUAGGUACAAGUCGGGUCGACUGGUGCCAGAGUACCGUCCGGCUAGCAGCCCCACUUUCUCGAGUGAAUUGCAUUCAAAUUCACACAGGAAGGUAAUUGAAAUGAGGAAACGGAAGCAGGUGAUGGGAUUGUUCAAGCAUAUGGUGAAAGGGUAGUGUAAUGGGAAAGUAGUUUUUAAUUCUUUUUUGUAGUUCUUUUUGAAUUUUUUUUCUUAGAAUAGUUAGGGUUUAGGGUUUUCUGUAAUGGGGUUAGAUGCUUAGAUGAAAGUGAUUUGCUUUAAUGAAAAUCUGCUUGGCAAAUUUUGACUUAGUGUGCUUUUGAUUGUUUGGUGGUUGAUUGCCUUCUGGUUCUGGUUUUGGUUUUAGAAAUAGAAGAAGAAAAUGUAGUGUCAUUGGUCUUGUCCAAGCAUUAUUUUUUCGCUGCUUGUUUGGAUUGGAGGUGAAAGAAAUGGCGGAAUGGUAUGGAUUUUUUUGCAAAGAGGGUUGUGUAUUAUGUUGUGUCUUGGAUAGUUGAUGUGAAGGGUCUCACCAUUUCAAGU